GCUUAUUUCCGGUCGGUGACGCAGUUCCGCUUUACUGAGCGCGCGCUGGGGGCGGUUGGAAUCCUACGACUAGACGUUCGCCGGGGCUUCGCGGCCCUAGAUCUUUCUAUGGCAUCCUCGCGGGCCACUUCCACGGUACAGAGCUCGCAGGCAGCUAAAACUAAAGCACCCGAUGACUUGGUUGCUCCUGUUGUGAAGAAACCACACAUCUAUUAUGGAAGUUUGGAAGAGAAGGAGAGGGAGCGUCUGGCCAAAGGAGAGUCUGGGAUUUUGGGAAAAGAAGGACUUAAAGCAGGAAUCGAAGCAGGAAAUAUUAAUAUAACUUCUGGAGAAGUGUUUGAAAUUGAGGAGCACAUCAGUGAGCGACAGGCAGAAGUAUUGGCUGAAUUUGAAAGAAGGAAGCGAGCCCGGCAAAUCAAUGUUUCCACAGAUGACUCAGAGGUCAAGGCUUGCCUUAGAGCCUUGGGAGAACCCAUCACACUUUUUGGAGAGGGCCCUGCUGAAAGAAGAGAAAGGUUAAGAAAUAUCCUCUCAGUAGUUGGUACUGAUGCCUUAAAAAAGACCAAGAAGGAUGAUGAGAAAUCUAAGAAGUCCAAAGAAGAGUAUCAGCAAACCUGGUACCAUGAAGGACCAAACAGCUUGAAAGUGGCUAGACUAUGGAUAGCUAAUUAUUCGCUGCCCAGGGCAAUGAAGCGCUUGGAAGAGGCUCGUCUCCAUAAAGAAAUUCCUGAGACAACUAGAACCUCCCAGAUGCAGGAGCUGCAUAAAUCUCUACGGUCUUUGAAUAAUUUCUGCAGUCAGAUUGGGGAUGAUCGGCCUAUCUCCUACUGUCACUUUAGUCCUAAUUCCAAGAUGCUGGCCACAGCUUGUUGGAGUGGGCUUUGUAAGCUCUGGUCUGUUCCUGAUUGCAACCUCCUUCACACUCUUCGAGGCCAUAACACAAAUGUAGGAGCAAUUGUAUUCCAUCCCAAAUCCACUAUCUCCUUGGACAAAAAAGAUGUCAACCUGGCUUCUUGUGCUGCUGAUGGCUCUGUGAAGCUUUGGAGUCUGGAUAGUGACGAACCAGUGGCAGAUAUUGAGGGCCACACAGUGCGUGUGGCCCGUGUCAUGUGGCAUCCAUCGGGACGUUUCCUGGGCACUACCUGCUAUGACCGUUCAUGGCGCUUAUGGGAUUUGGAGGCUCAAGAAGAGAUCCUGCAUCAGGAAGGCCACAGCAUGGGCGUGUAUGACAUCGCCUUCCAUCAGGACGGCUCUUUGGCUGGCACAGGGGGCCUGGAUGCAUUUGGUCGAGUUUGGGACCUACGCACGGGACGUUGUAUCAUGUUCCUGGAAGGCCAUCUGAAGGAAAUCUAUGGAAUAAAUUUCUCCCCCAAUGGCUACCACAUUGCAACUGGCAGUGGUGACAACACAUGCAAAGUGUGGGACCUUCGGCAGCGACGCUGCAUCUAUACCAUCCCUGCGCAUCAGAACUUAGUGACUGGUGUCAGGUUUGAGCCCAUCCAUGGGAACUUCUUGCUCACUGGCGCCUAUGAUAACACAGCCAAGAUCUGGACCCAUCCAGGCUGGUCUCCAUUGAAGACUCUGGCUGGCCACGAAGGCAAAGUGAUGGGCCUAGACAUUUCUUCUGAUGGGCAGCUCAUAGCCACUUGCUCAUAUGACAGGACCUUUAAGCUCUGGAUGGCUGAAUAGGCAAGACCAUGGAAAGGGACUCUUAACUUCAUGUACUCCCUUAGGAGCCAUUUUCCUCAAAAGAAAAGAAUCAGAGUGUUAUUUAGUUCUAUUAUGUUUUUUGUUAAUUACCAGGCAUAGACCCUCAAUAGAAUUGGAUUUUCGUGUCAGCUCCCACUCUAGGCAGGCAGCCAAGUCCCUAAGUGAUAGGGAACCAAACCCUUUCAUGGUUGGAAAUUUAAUUUUCCGUGCCUUGCCACAAACAGUGUAGACAUUUCAUUAAUCUUUUGUUUGAAUACCCUGUAACCUCUCUUACAGCACUGAGGAUUGUGACUGACUUUUUCUUAAUACCUGGCUUGAUAUAACACAGUAUGUGCUUCAGAACUACACAUGGUCCACAGAGCAAGGUGGCUGGACUAUAUUCGGGAAGCCCUCACAUAAAGGAGCACAUAUUAUCCCUCACUGGUUUGUUUUUUUUGUUUGUUUGUUUUUGUUGUUUGUUUGUUUUGAGACAGAGCCUCAAGCUGUUGCCCUGAGUAGAGUGCUGUGGCAUCACAGCUCACAGCAACCUCCAACUCCUGGGCUUAAGCAAUUCUCAGUAGCUGGGACCAUAGGCACCCGCCACAACGCCUGGCUAUUUUUUGGUUGUAGUUGUCGUUGUUGUUUGGCAGGCGCAGGCUGGAUUCGAACCCGCCAGCUCUGGUGUAUGUGGCUGGCGCGUUAGCCGCUUGAGCCACGGGUGCUGAGCCAUCCCUCACUGUUCAGGGGUCCUCAAACUACGGCCUGCAGGCCACAUGAGGCAGUGUGAUUGUAUUUGUUCCUGUUUUCUUUUUUUACUUCAGAAUAAGAUAUGUGCAGUGUGUAUAGGAAUUUGUUCAUGGGUUUUUUUUUUUUUAAACUAUAGUCCACCCCUACAACUGGCCCCGUUUAAAGAGUUUGAGGACCCCUGAGUAAACAAUGCCUGCCAGUAAGCACUUUUCCUCUUCCUCGAGAAUAGGAGAUGAAGUAGUAGACCACAGCUAUGCUGAUGGUUAUGCAGUGAAGAAGAUUUUACUUCUUCCUUUUGAUUUCACUUGGAAUGCCAGAUGUAUCAGGAAGCAUCGGAAAAGUUGGAACUGAACAAUUUGCCUUGGCAGAAAAUGUCUUCCAUUUUGCUUUGAAGUUUGGCAUCCUUGUUACCCUAAAACAAGGCCAUUGUGUUGGAAUUAAAAGAAGUUUUUAGUAAACAUGUGUCUUAUUGUACAGCCUCCUUUUCUGUUGGUCAUUUGAUGUAUUUCAUGUGUUAAAGGGUACUUUAUGUCAGGGUAACUGGAAGAAAUCGUAGUAGGUAUUUCUAAACAUAAACCUUUUUAAUUUAUUAUAUGCUUAUAAAGAGUAAAGUCCUGUUAUAAAAACUAUUCUUUGAAGAAUUAUUUUCUAUAGUUAACCAUUUUCUGAACCCCAGCCAUUGAUUCGUAAGUUCCUUUUUUUGGUUUGGAAUAUAACAGAUGAUCUUAAAUAGGGAUCAGUGUCUAAAGCACUGUUAACAAUUUUUUUAAAAUAGAGGGCAGGCUG